GGACAAUUGAAGGAUUUACUGCAACAACGUUGAUGCAAACAAAACCUUAAAAGGAGAGAAUAUCUAAUCUCCAUCACUUAAUUUAUUAAUUUAAUUAGUAGCACCCUUUUCACACACAUGUAUCCGGGAGUUAUGGGGAGUUACUGUUACCGGAAUAACACGACUGAGGAUGGCUGGAGAAAGGGCCCUUGGACUGCUGAAGAAGACAAACUGCUUAUCCAAUAUGUCAACAACUACGGUGAAGGAAGAUGGAAUAAUGUCGCCAGGUUUGCAGGGCUGAAAAGGAAUGGUAAAAGCUGUAGAUUGAGAUGGGUUAACUACUUGAGGCCAGACCUCAAGAAGGGGCAAAUUACCCCAAGUGAAGAAAAAAUAAUCGUCGAGCUGCAUGCUAAAUGGGGCAACAGAUGGUCGCAAAUUGCAAAAUGCCUGAAAGGAAGAACAGACAACGAGAUCAAGAACUACUGGAGGACUCAUUUCAAGAAAAAGUCCAAAUCGCCCUCGGACAACCCUGAGAAGGUCAAGGCAAGGCUGCUCAAAAGGCAGCAAUUUCAGCUGCAACAGCAACAAAUGCAUGAAAAAGGGCAAUGCAACAUGGGAAAUUUCACGUCAUGGGUCGACGAAAGCAGCAACUGGCUGGCAAAUGACAAUCAACAAACAGAGUUUCCAAAUGCGAAUGAGAUAAUCAAUAAUUGCGCAACUCUGGCUGAGGAUAUUACAUGGGAUGAUGGAUUGUGGGAUUUUAGCGAUUUGCUAGGGAGCAUCAACGAAAAUGAUGAUUUCCAGCAGAAUUUUGGCACAACUAACUACUGA